AUGGACUACCAAAACCGCGCUGGCUCCAAGUUUGGCGGCGGUGGCGUCGCCUCCCACUCCGCAACCAACGCUGACCGGCGCGAACGUCUACGCAAACUCGCUCUCGAAACCAUCGAUCUUGACAAAGACCCUUAUUUCUUCAAGAACCAUGUUGGCUCCUUUGAAUGUCGACUUUGUCUCACAGUCCACCAGAAUGAUGGCUCAUACCUCGCGCACACCCAAGGGCGAAAACACCAGACAAACCUCGCGCGUCGAGCAGCACGCGAGCAAAAGGAGAUGCAGAAGGAUGGCCAGAUGAUGGGAGCGGGCAUGAUGGGCGUCCAAGUGCGAAAGAACAUGGUCAAGAUCGGACGGCCGGGGUAUAAAAUUACCAAAAUCCGCGAUCCGUUGACACGACAGGUCGGCUUGCUGUUUCAACUAUUGUACCCUGAGAUCGCACCGGGCGUGCAACCGCGCGUCCGUUUCAUGAGUGCCUUUGAACAGAAAGUCGAGGAUCCGCCGGAUCGGGAUUACCAGUAUCUCCUCGUUGCCGCAGAGCCUUAUGAGACGUGUGGGUUCAAGUUACAGUCGCGCGAAGUGGAUCGGAGGGAAGGACGGUAUUGGACUUGGUGGGAUGCGGAUGCGAAGGAGUUUUGGUGCCAGGUUCUCUUCAAGACGGAGAGAGACGAGCGCUAUAGUAACGUGCCCGGGUUGGCACCUACGGCAGGGAAGAGAUGA